AUGUCAUCGCCUUUCGAAGAUAUGGAGGCCCUGGCGAACGUGAAGCGAAUCACCUUUGCCAACAAACCACUCAAUCCCGAAGUCGUGAAGGAAGUCGAGGUCAAGAAUGAUACAUCCGUGGCGUCUACGGCUAUUGCGUCAUACAGGACGACUAUGAGGAUUUUCUUGUACUCCACAGGAGACGAUACAGGUCCCAGUGAAUGCGAGAUUGCGGGAUACAUCGCAUUCUACAUCCCCGGCUCGCCCAAUGCUGGUAAAGAUUUCCCCAAGACAGACUUCCCUCAGAAACACAACUGGGCGACGGAGAACAACGGGCUAGGAAGGCAGCUGCUCGAAUAUCCAUACAGUUCUGUAGGUUUGACAAGCUGCCGGGCCUUCCUGUUCGAAGAUGACACCAUCGGCUCGGACAUCAUUGCGAAUAUCUACAUUGAUUUCCAUGAUCCGAGGAACUUGCGAUUUGCCGAUGGGAGAGUAUGGCAGUGGAAAUGUUGGAACACGGAGGAUAAGCGCUAUGUUGCGUAUGUGCAGCUUCAGGUAGUCCAGACAUCCUGA